AUGUUCUCAAUUUUUAAAAAGAAAGAGCAGACUUAAUAGUAAACAGCACCUCCUCCACCUAUUUAAUAACAAUAAUAAGUUGUAUAGUAGCCUCAAGUUGUUCCUCAAUAGCAACCAGCUCCAAAAGGAUCAAUGUUCAAAGGAAGUCUUAAAGUAAAGGCACCACCUCCUCAAACUUAAGAAGUGUAAUAAUAAUAAUAAUAACCCUAACCUCAAACAUAGGUAAAUUAAGCUUAAUCUAAUUCCGAUAUCCUAUAACCAGAAAGUGAUGCUUAUAAAUAGUAAUUCAAUUAAAUGGAAACACCAACUCCAUAAGAAGAUAUUAAUGUCGAAUAGAAAAUAGAGGUUAAAAUUAAUGUUGAAGAGGUCAAAAAGAAACCAACUGGCUUCAGUUUCUUAAAAAAAAAAUAAACUGAAUAACCUGUUCCUACAGAUGAAUUAUAGUAAGAAUAAGUGGAAAGUUAGAUAAUUUAUGAAGUUUAAAUUGAUUAAAAUUAAACAUAAGAAGGAAAUAAAAUAUAGGAUUAAACUUAAGAGUACUCUUUUUAAUAGAAUUACUCUAGUCAAUAAGCUAAAUAACAAACUAUUAAUGAUGAUUAAAGUGUAUAAUUAUAGAAUUCAAUUAAAAAUAAUGAUAAGGAAAUUGAAUAAUAAUCGUAAUCAUAAUGGUAAGCAUAAUAAUAAAGUUAAUAAUAAUAAUAAUAAAUAUUCUUUUAAUCUACAAUGUCAAAUUCUUCAUAAAUACAAAAUAAUUAUAUUAAUAAAAACCAAAUAAAUCAAAAUCAUAUUAAUUCUCAAUUAGAUAAUUCUUAUUUGAAAAAACAUUAAAUGAUUAUGGAAGAAUUGGAAUACUUUUAAAAUGAAGUUAAUUAAAAGAAAGCUCAUAUUUACAUUUCUUAAUAGGAAAUUGAAAAAAAUAUCAUUUCUUUUUAAUAAAAACUAUAAGAAUAUAAUAGUUUUCUUAGUCAAUUAUCUAUAGAGUAAUAGGUUUGUGUACAAUAGGAAUAAUUUGAGAAAGCAGAGGAAAUAGAAUAAUCAUUAAAAUAAAUUUAAGAAACAAUUACUUAAGUUGAUAAUUAAAUUAAAUAAAAAGAACAACAAUAUAAUAAAUUAUAGGAUGAGAAAGAUAAUAUAAGAGGACAAGAAUAUCAAUUUUAUUAAGAAAUUGAAUAAAAAUUGGAAGAAAUAGAACGAUUACAUAUGAAGUAUAGUGAUUAAUAUAGGUUUGAAGGUUAAGCCUAAAUUAAGAAAUUACAAUAAUAUAUAGAAGAAGAAAAUGAGAGAGUGAAGAUCUAAUAAAUUCACACUGAAAUUGAUAAUAAACAUUUGUCAGAAGAGGAACAACAUUUGAAUCAAAUUAUGGAUAAUCAAACUAAAGAUUAUAGAAUUGAGUAAGAAUAAUUAAUUAAUAAAAAAUCAACUUUAGAAUCUGAAAUUGCUGAAUUGUUAUAGUUAAUAAAUCAAAAAAAAAAUGAAUUAUAAAAGGUGAAUUAUGAUCUAAUUUAAACUAAAGAUAAAAUUUAAUAAGUUCAAUAAAAAUUCAAUUUAUAACUAAUUAAAGUAUAAAAUAAGAGAACAAAACUUAAUGAUGAACUCAAUAGUUUAGCAAGUGAAAGAGCAUAGAUUGAAAUUCUUGAAGGAGAUAAUCUUAGAUAAUAAAAUGAAUAUAAGAAUAAACUUGAAUAUUUAUAAUAAUAAUUGGAAGACAUUAAAGUUAAAAGAAAUGAACUUAUUCGAAAAGCCAAUAUGGUACCUGAAUAAUGUUAAUAAGAAUUUGAUGUUACCUUAAAAUACUAAGAGGCUAAAAAAGCCAGCAAUGAAGCAUUAAAAGAAUUAGCAUAUGUAUAAAGAUAGGUUGAUGAAUUAAAUUACAAAAAGAAUUUGGGAUAAACAUAAUUAAAUGAAAUUCUUAAUAAAAAAAGUGAACUUUAAAAGAAAUUGCCUAAGAUGAUUGAUGACAAAGCUCAGUUAGUUUAAAAUAAAAAUUUUAAAGGUGCUGCUCAAAUUAAUGAGUAAAUUAAAGAUGCUUAAAAAUAGAUUACUUUAUAUGAAGAAAAAAUAUUAGAAAAUCAAAAUAUUGAAACAUAAAUCCUAAAAGAAAUUAAUGAAAUAGAAGAUUCAUUCUUGACUAAAAAACAUCAAUAUCAAUAAUUAUAAUAAAAUGCAGAAAUCUGCAGAUAUUUUGUUUUGGAAUUAAAAUUAUAAGAGAUUUCAUAUAUCGAUUAUUUUGGAUUAUCUUAAUUAGAAUAAGAUGUAUUAUUAUUAAUAUAAUUAAAUCUAGAUAAAGAAUGAAAUAGGGUAAUUGUUAAAUAAAUAUUAAGAUUUAAUUUAUGCAAAACGAAAAGUUUCCAAUGAUAUUAUAGAUAAGAUUCAAGAUUAAGAAGAAGAAAUUAAUACAAAUGAAAAUCCAUAAGAAUAAUAUAAUAAAGUAGAAAAUAAUUAAAUAGAAUAAGUUAUAGAUUUGAAUGAGAAAGAGUAAUUAUAAUAAUAAUAAGAAAAUGUUAUUGAAAUGAGUGAAGAAUAAAGAUAAAACUACAUAGAGCAUUAAAAAUAAUUAUAUUGGGAUCUUCAAUAAUAAAUGAAAUAACUAGAAGAAUAGGUAUCAGAUCAUGCUCAAGUAAUUGUUAUUAUUAAUUAGAGAAAGAAUAAUAUGAGGAAGCUGAUUAGAUUCAACAAGAAAUAGAUAAACUUACUAGUUAAGCAACUACAAUAGAGAUAGAGCUUAAAUAGAAAUUUAAUGUUGAUAGGCUAAUGCCAGAAGAAGAAGAGAAUUGA